AUGGCUUUCUCGAUGUUUAGCCCCCAAAUAACCAACCUUGCCAUCAUCCUGGUCAUGAUGCAGGUGUCGAAGAAGAUCCCCUUCGAUAACCCAGAUGUCCUCCUCGGCGUUCGCACCAUGUACAUUGCCUCCAACAUUGCCAUUGCAGCACUCUACUACUACAUCUACACCGUCAUUGUCCAGAAGAAAGACCUUAAAACUCUCAAGUAUGUUGAGCCCCCAGCCAUGGGCUCCCAAGAUGAACCCCGUCCCGUCGUCACCACCGUCCAGGAGUACGACAAGCAACAGCUUCGCGCCGCCCUCAAGUCUCAGCUCAUGGGCGUCGGCAUGAUGGCCGUCAUGCACCUAUACUUCAAAUACACCAACCCAUUGCUCAUGCAGUCCAUUAUCCCCAUCAAGAGCGCUCUUGAGAGCAACAUCGUCAAGGUCCACUUGUUCAAUGUUCCUGCCAAGGGUGAUCUUGAGAGACCAUGGAAGGCUGGCGGUGGAAUGAUGGGCAUGGGCCAGCCACCCGUCAAGACCGACAAGGCCAGCGUUGAGUCUGCUGAGAAGAACUGGAGGGGCGGUGCUAAGGAGGAGUAG